AUGCCAUACGAAGCGUUCAGGUUGAUAGUUCAUCAUCUUUACACGAAUAAACUUGAGGAUGGCUUAACGUUUGAGCUGUUGAGAGAGAUUUAUUCUAAAGCAGACAUGUUAAACAUUUCACAGCUUGGAUCAAUGGCAGCAGAAAGGAUGGUUGGAUUGAUAAAUAGUGGUAAUUGGGAUCAAAUAUUAAUGUUGGGAUGGAGGUUUCAAGACGACAGGUUACGAAUAGCAGGCUUGGAAUUUGCAAUAGAGAAUUGGACAAAGAUACGAGACACUGAAAAUAUGAAACAAGUGAUGGAGUGUGGUAAUAUGGACUGGAUCGAAGAAUUAAUUCUUGGCAAUUUCUUUGCUACAAGAAACGGCAAAUAA